ACAUAGUAGAACUGACCAACUGACUACCUAACCUAAUAUAUAACAAGGAUUUAUUAUAAUCGUAUUUACUCUAGUUAUUCAAAUUCUAUUUAAUCACUUGUUCUUUAUAAUUGGGAACUUGGCUAAGGAUCGAUAUGGAGGACCAGGUAACUCGGCUGGUAGACAAAGUCUGGGAGAAAUUCCAACAACUCCCCGCGGACCGUAGACUCUUGAUCGCCAUAGCCGGGGUCCCAGGCUCAGGCAAAACAACCCUCUCCCGAAUCGUCGCCGCGGCCCUCAACGCGCGGCACGCAACCCUGCACCCGGAGGUCCCCGAGCCCGUGCCCCCCGCGGUCUUCGUGCCCAUGGACGGGUACCACCUGACGCGGGCGCAGCUCUCGGCGAUGCCGGACCCGGCGCUCGCCCACGCGCGGCGCGGCGCCGAGUUCACCUUCGACGGCCGCGCGUUCCUGGCCCUCGUCAAGUCGCUGCGCGCCGUGCCGCCGCCCCCGCUGCCGCCCACCCCGACGCCCGUGUACGCCCCGAGCUUCGACCACGCGCUGAAGGACCCGAAGCCCGAUGAUAUCGCCAUCCUGCCGACGCAUCGGAUCGUCGUUUUCGAGGGCAAUUAUGUGUGCUUGGAUAAGGAGCCGUGGCGAGAGGCGGCGCAGCUCAUGGACGAGAGGUGGUUCGUGGAGGUAGACUUCGAGACUGCGAGAAGGCGUCUGGUGAAGAGGCACGUCGAGGCGGGGAUCGCGAAGGACGAGGAAGAAGCUGGGAAGCGUGCGGAUGAGAACGACCUGGUGAAUGGGGCGCAGAUUGUAAAGGAGAGGGUGGACGUGGAUGAGGUCAUAACGAGUAAGGAGGAUGGGAGUUGGGUUCAUAAAUGAAGAGGUAGUGUGUGUAUAAGUUGAGAUGAUGUCUAUGAGUUAUCUAACUGGAUCUAAUUAUGGAAACUAUGAUUUCAAGGAGAGCUGUCCGUUAAGUCUCACCUGGGGAGUCAAGAUGUGGUGGUGCCCCUUGAGAGAUCGACCACCAUAAUUUGUACACGAAGAGCAAAAAUGACUACAUAUGUAUUGAAUUUAUGGCAGCAAAUCCUGAAGAAAACUUUUAUUUAAUAGUGUA